UCCUCCUCACCGCCGAGCCACCGCGACCCCCAUGCACCGCAGGCAGGCCACUCGCAUAUCCCCAACCGCCACCCCCUCCUCACUCCUUUCCCCUAUCGUCUCCCACUUCCCUGCUCUCUCCGUCAUAUCCCCCUUCAAGGCCUUGCGUCAGUCCCCUUCCUCCGACCACCACCACCCAACCCUCGCUUCCCCACCACGCCUAGAACUUACCAAGGCAGUAUGGCAGGAAGCAGAUCUCGGAGAUGGAAAGGGCAUCGUGCCCUUACUUCUCUUAACAUCUCCCACGAGCGCGCUGCAGAUAUUUUCAGUCCCAACUCCUGUCGCUUCUCAGGACCCUCGAUCUUCAGAAUCAUUCAGUGACCCUGAGGAGGUGUUUGCCAUGUCCACUAUAACAUAUGACUCGUCCCUAUAUCAAUGCUCGCUGUCUGGGGUAAACGAUGGAGACCCUCUACCGUUUUCGGCGCACAAUGAAACCGUGCUAGACAUGGCGCUCAUGGAGGGGGGAAGAGUUGCUUUGGUCACUUGCCAUUCGAACAAGACGUUUAUAGGACCCCUGGCGUUAGUCGUGGUGAACCUCAAAAGUGGGCGAGCAGAAGCGAGAGUGGAUCUAGGUGCUGGUUCCACGGCUGAUGUCCAUGUAUCACAUAAGGUUAUUGUCAUUACUGUAUCCCAUCCUACACCUUCGAUUCACUUUUUAGAUCCCGCGUCUUUUACGCCUCUAUUUCCCCCUAUUGUGGAUGCUGCGCCUAAUGCUCUCACUCAACUGCCAACAAUUGCUUUAUCUGGCCGGAUUCUUGCUUAUGUGACAUCGACGCCUGCCAAUAUCUCCACACCUAGCGACAUGGGCUCGCUGGUAACGUCCUCCUCCUUGAGAGCCUCCCAUUCAAGGAACCGGCAAGGUCCUUCCAGUCAAGUGGAGAGUCAUCAAGGUGCACUAAUAAGUUCGGCAGUUGAGAUCGGAGGUGGCGUGGCUCGCGGGGUAUGGGCAGGCAUAAAACUUGGUGCGAAGGCUGCUAGCGCCGCAACGCGUGCUAGAAGCGACAGAUUGGCUCAGAGUGCACCAGAUGAUACUACCGCCUUCGGUCGUGACCAAGAAGCCGCAAUCCUUGGGGACACAGAGAGCCGAUCACUGGACGAGGGCAGCAUGCUUGACGAGGCACUACCCAUUAGUGCUGCCAAUGCAAAGUCUAUUGACAAGGGUGAAUGGAUCCAUGUCAUCGACCUUUUCUCUCGCCAUCCGAGCAGCACACGUCAAGUAUCGCCGCCGGGCAAUGUCACUUCGAAGUCAACCCCCUCUUUCACCACUGUAGCCCAUUUCAGGCUGCCUCCCUCGUCUGUCGUUCCAAUAGAUACCUCCCACUCGUCUCAGUACCAUUCAUUGCCUGUCCAACAUCUAUCUUUUUCCCCAUCAGGUACGGCACUGUUAGCUGCACCUGCUGAUGGCCGAAGUUUUCAUAUAAUGGAAUUUCAUCCCGCUGGGCCGAUGAAAGGGAACACUAGAACUGGAACACAGAGUCAAGCUUGGCACUUGUAUGAGCUCAAGAGAGGCCAUACGAUUGCCAAUGUCAGGUGGACAAGUUGGGACAGGAUGGGAAAUUGGGUGGGUGUUGGCACAGACAGAGGUACCAUACAUAUCUAUCCCAUACACCCAUCAGGAGGACAGCCUUCCGCGUUCACACAUGUCGCAGGAUGCCGCAAUGCUCAGCGGCUCUUUGCUCUUUCAAUUCCUGUGUCUCCUAUCGCCAGGAUCAGGCCACCACGCUUAGCUAUGGAUACAUCACAUCUAGACGGAUCUCUUGAUUCAGAUUUGACAUAUUCAGAAAAUUCUGUUUUCGGCUUCCUCCCUUAUCGCCAGCACCAGAAGUUGGAUCAGAAGCACAUUCAAGACAUCGGAAUUUUCCGAUGGCCGUCGGGUGUGUUGGAGCUCAUUCGCAUGGCAGUACGUGGAUGCCGAGAGGAUGAUAGUGAGGCGGGAGUGGCCAAAUACAGCAGUAGAUCACCACCACACAGGACCAGAAGCGCACUCACCGAAUUGAUGCUUAGCAGAGCUGUUCGUGAACGUAAUAGCUUUGCAGCUGAAAAGGCAGCCCAGGCGAGAUGGGUAUUGCCCAGCGCAGUUGCUAUGUCAGCACCCACUCUUUUGUCUUCGACUAUUGCUGAGAAGAGUCAGCCGUCCCGGGUGGGUGCCCUUGCCGCGGCAGAAAUUCGAACACACCAUUUCAAUCCACAUGUCCUCCCCAGUUCUAUCUAUCUCUCAAGGCAAAUUGAAUUUUUUUCUGCCCGACCUAUAGACGAUUACUCUCCCCUUUCGAUACUCGAUUUGGAAGCGCGAACCGAUAAACUCGUUUUUCGACAGGAAGUAGAGGCACGGUCCCCUCCGAAUGAAGACACCGAGGCACCUUUAUCUUUCGACCGGCCUCUCCUGUCGGCUUUGCAUGAUCUGAUAGAAUCUCCUUCCGAUCGCCAGAUACCAGGAUUGCCUAACGGUCAUGGCCGGACGGGGAUAUGGACGGGAGAUCCAAUUCAAACAGUGAAAUACGGGUUUAAUGAAGGAGUCGAUAGGGUUCGCAGGGAAUAUGUGCGAGCACAGCUUGUCAAAGAGCACAAAUUGACAAAGCAAAACAAGGAGACAAGCGGGCUGAGCCUUAGCUUCGAAGAUGAUGCAGUACUCGCCGUAUCAAGCUCAGACCUGCGCUUGGAUAAUCUCUCACUCGAUCAAUCUGAGCCGGCCGCAGUUUCCGGCAGAUCAAGCUCAAUCCAUACUUCGGAAAAUUUGACGUCCCCCCCUGGCAGCGGUGAUUUACCACCCACCAAGGUAGACUCAUCGGACGGAGACAGUCAGUGGGGGGAAGUGUGGGAAGAAGAGUAUCGAAAGGCCGUGGAAGAUGACGGCGGGCCCGAUGAUCUAGUGCUAGGUCUUUUGGACGAGGAGGAAGAUGAGAGACGACAGUGGGAAGCGAGACAAAAACUUUGAAAGCAGGCAAAUCAUCAUUUGGGCUAGAUUUGAACGAGGUGGGUCAUAGUCUUGAGUUGUAUCAUAUGGGAAAAAAAACGAGCAAACAGAGAUAUGUCGCUCUUGUCAGCCAAAACAGAAAUUAGAACAUCCAAUUCUUCCUUAGUUGUAUUUUAUGGCCCAUGAUCACAUACAGGUGCAAUCGCGAACACGUAUGCAUUACUUUUC